AUGAAGCGGUGGCGCACAUCAGACCGGUUCUGGUACGAGAACUCGAUGCACCCCGGAUCGUUCACAAAAGAGCAAUUGUUAGAAAUCCGCAAGUCCCGGAUGUCGCGGUUGCUAUGCGACCACGGAGAGGGCGUGGACGGCGUACAACCACACUCGUUCCUGGUGCCCGGCCCAGGAAAUGAAAUAGUGAAGUGCUCCGAGAUACCAGCGAUGAGCAUGUACCCGUGGAAGGACGAAUCCUGCUCUAAGGAAAAACUCUUGUACGAAGAAAAGACGGCUAUAGUAUCCAGCCAUCUUAGUGAUUAUUUACAAAAGCUGUUCAUACAGGCAUAG